AUGUCACCUAAAACGCUAAGCGUCCUCUGCUUCGGCGACUCCCUCACCUCGGGCUACUACGCCAUGGGUCUCGAGUCCCAUCCAUACUCCAUUGCCUUUGCCGCCAAAGUCCAGGAAGCCCUGCCAGACACCAAGCUUCACGUCUACACCAACGGCAGACCAGGCGACGUUGCUUCCUUCCAGCCAUUUCGCCAGAGACUACAAGCAGAAUGUGAUAAGCGGCAUCACGACUGGGUAAUCAUCCUAGGAGGCACAAACGAUCUGGCUUACAUGGUUCCCCCAGAGGAAAUGUACAAGUCUUUCCAGGCCAACUGGGACAUAGCCCUCGCAAAAGGCAGCAAGGUCCUUGCAUUGACCAUCCCCGAAUCCCGGUCCAAGCCUGCGUGGGUAAUACAGAAUAGAUCAGAGAUUAACUCUUCGAUUCUGGCCCACGAGGCGUUUAAUUACCAUGCUUUCGAUCUCCAUGCCAAACUGCCGUACCACUCUCUAUCAGCAGAAGAUAGGCAAAAGUACUGGGACGACGGCCUGCACCUGACAGACCAAGGCUACGAGUGGAUGGGCGGACACAUUGCCGACGGCUUCUUGGCGGCACUCUCCUCGACGAAUGGUGUCAAACCAUCGCCGGCGCCUAACAGCUCUAAACGGCCUUCCAGAACAAACGACAGCACCGUGUUUGAGGAAGAGACUGGCAACCCUGGGAAACUAAGCGAGGGAUACGUGGUGGUGCGAAAGAAGGAUUUGUGGUAA